GCUGUCAGUAUUUGACGUUUUACCCUAUCAAGUUGGUAAUUAAAGUGGCACGAAUUUGUGAAAUCGCUCCACUUGUUUGUAAUUCUAUAAACUUAUCCAGAUAAUUUAGUUCAAACGCCAGAAAUAGUGAAAAUAACACUCAUCCGUUAAAUAUUCGCACUAAAAGUUUGAUGAAGGAAUGCCUUUUGAUCCUUUCCGCGGAUCCUACGGACACCGUUGCCGCCGAAAUGCCGUGUUGGUAUUAUGAAAAGAAAGAUCUAAAGGUCACCCCCUCGAUUUUGGAUGGAAUUUCCUACGAGACGGAACGGCGCUAUCGUAAGGAAGGGGCCCGAUUUAUUAUACAAUGCGGCACAGCUAUGAGUCUGGGCCAUAACACCGUGGCGACGGGUGUUGUGUAUUUUCAUCGAUUCUACAUGUUUCAUUCGUUUAAAACGUUUCCGCGAUAUGUGACCGCUUGUUGCUGUUUGUUUUUGGCCGGGAAAGUGGAGGAGACACCGAAAAAAGCGAAGGAUAUUAUCAAGACCGCCAGGAGCUUAUUGUCCGAUGAGAAGUUCUUCUCGUUCGGGGACGAUCCCAAGGAGGAGGUUAUGACGUUGGAGAGGAUUUUGUUGCAGACGAUUAAGUUUGAUUUGCAGGUGGAACACCCUUACAGCUUCCUCGUAAAAUAUGCAAAAUGCUUCAAAGGUGAUCAGGGUAAACUUCAAAAAAUGGUUCAAAUGGCUUGGAACUUCGUCAACGACUCACUCAGCACAACAGUAUGUCUGCAAUGGGAGCCAGAAAUCAUAGCUGUAGCUCUAAUUCACUUAGCUAGCAAACUAAGCAAAUUCACAGUAGUUGACUGGAUCGGAAAACAGCCUCACCAUUUGAGAUGGUGGGACAUGUUUGUCGCUGAUGUCACUAUGGAGAUCCUUGAAGAUAUCUGUCAUCAAGUGCUCGACCUAUAUCAACAAUCCAACAACAAUCACAACGAUCCAGUCAGUCCGCCGCAACAACCAUCGAGCAAAGCUAGUCCGCCAGCUAAGCGUGCAAACACCUCGCCUCAAACUACAAAGCAAUCUCCUGUCGCUCCGCAGAAUCCUCCUCCGAAGCCUCCACCCGAGGAGAAGGUGGAAGGCAAUCCGAUACAAAAGCUAGUGCCACCAGAUCUUCGCUUUGUCUAUCCGCCAACUGGUUACGGACCACCACCUUAUGCGGCCCAUGCAGCACCACCACAUUUCUCAGGAAUGCCUGUUGCUGGAGGUCCUGGAGCACCACCGCCGCCGCAACCACCUCCAAUUUACGGUGGACAAUAUCCACCACCGCCACAAGUACCUCCUCACUAUCCGCCGGCUUCAAUGACAAUGGGACAUCUACCGCCUCCCGCGCACCAUCCUCCAUAUUAUGCACCCCCACCGCCAGGAGGCAGUCGGCCGUACUAUCCUUCAUAAUGACUAAAAAACAUGAACACGGGUGCAAGUUUCAUCAUCGAAUGCAUGAGUUAUCGAUAAAUUGUUAUUCUUCUUUUUUAUUAGAGUUUCAAGCGAGCGGAUUUGUUUUAGGGAAGAUUUUUUUUGGAAAUAAAAGGCUGUCGACUUUUAA